CUGAUCCUUACCGCGCCAUAUGUGAGAUUUUGCGUUACUUUUCAGAGUGAUGGCUGGAAAGGUUGUUAAGCAACUGGCUGGUAGUGGAACAGGCCAAAGCCUUUCCGACCUAAUGACAGCCAUGAAAUACACCUUAUCUGGUUCAGUGGUGGUGAAAGUCAUCUGCAAAGCUACCACAGAGGAAAUGUGUGCUCCAAAAAAGAAACAUUUAGCAUAUCUUGUCCAAUGUACAUUUGAGCCUCGACUUUCAGUCCCAGAUUUUGCUAACCAAAUUGUAAAUCGGACUCAACAUAGCAACUUGGUUGUUGCGUUCAAGGCGCUAUUAACAAUACAUCAUCUAAUGCAGUACGGCAAUGAGAGAUUUUCACAAUACAUUGCAUCGAAUAAUUGUCAUUUCUAUGUGCCAAGUGUACAUGAUCGCAACACAUUUCAAUCAACUCACAGGAUCUCUGUAUUUCUACGACCUUAUGCAAAGUAUUUAGAUGAAAAAGCAGCAUCUUAUCGUGAAGUUGCCUUUGAUUUUUGUCGUUUAAAACGUGGAAAAGAUGACAGUGAUAUGAGAACAAUGCCACAAGAGAAAUUGUUGAAAACUCUACCAGUUAUCGAGAAACAAAUAGAUGCCCUACUAUUGUUCGAUGCAACAACAAGUGAGCUAUCGAAUUCACUUCUGCGUGUUGCACAUCUCUUCCUUUAUCGUGAUCUUAUCCGAUUGUAUGCUGUGUAUAAUGAGGGUAUGAUUAAUCUCAUAGGUCGAUAUUUCACAAUGUCUAAACGUGAUUGUCGUUUAUCCUUGGAGAUAUAUAAAAGUUUCGUCAAGCGUAUGGAAGCAAUGAAUGUAUUUGUCAAAGUUGCUGAGUCUGCUGAACCUGGCGGUACACCUCUGCCUUUGGAUUCAGAGAACAAUCCUUUUCAACCUGUACCACCGUCUGUAUUAGAAGCUCUUGAACAACAUUUAGCCUAUUUAGAAGCUCAUAAACAAGGUGACAAAAAAACGCCAAGUAAUCCAUCUCCACAACAAUCACAAACUAAUCCAAUCACAUCGACACUGUCUACAUCAAAGUCAACACCGAAUGAAUCUGAAUCAACUAUACCAUCAUAUUAUAAUCAAGAUAAUGGUGGGGGAGAAUUCACCCUGACUCCAGCUGAACGUCAACGAAUUAUUGAAGAGGAAAGAGCCCGACUAGAGGCAUUUGUAUCAACAGCCCGACAACACGCUUAUUCAUCAGAUCACAGCAAUCAACAGCAGGCGCAACACCAACAGCAAACGCAACAACAACAACAGACAAAUCAUUAUGGUUCAUCUGGAUCAUCCACUAUUACAGAUAGUGAUAAAUUUCUUGAUCUAAUGUCUUAUGAGAAAUCAUCUUUUACUACUGCGACAGCAGAUGUAUCACACGGGUUGAAUGAUUUCACAGGUAGUAGUCGUAGUACUGCUCUGGGUAAUCCACAGAAUUCAAGUGUCUCAAAUGAACACAAUUUACUCGAUCUCAAUGAUAUUUCAACAACACCAUCUCCAUUCGGCGGUGGAUUGAACUCUACAACUCCACAAUUCUAUUUUCCCACGGCUCAUUCUGCGUCAUCAUCAACAUCACUUGUUCCUUUUAUCCCGCCAACUAAUUCCGUAGUACAGUCGACUAAUCCAUUUCUGUUGAAUAGUAAUAAUAAUAUUAACACAUCAUCAUCAAAUCAAUUGAUGCUUGCAAAUUUCCAUCGAAUCAAUUCACUAAUCCUAAUCCAAUGUUGACAACAUUUCCUGCACCAAUGAUGAAGUCUACUUCCAAUGCUGUCCAGCCAUCACAAUCCACCUUGUCAUUAGAUGAUAAAAUAGCUCAAAUCGCUGGCAAUCUAUCGAUCCGUGAUAGUUAUGCAGCUAGUCAAGGUUGUCGAAUAUAUCGUGCUCCAGAUGGGAGUCUAUCCGCCGUGAAUUGGUCUGGUACAAUGCCAUGUGUUGUUCAAACUUCAAACAACAACAAUAAUAGCAGUAAUAGCAGUAGUAAUGCGAAUAACAGCACUAUGUCCAGUGGUCAACAGUUAUCCACACCAAUUCAUCCAUCCCCUUCAAUGAAUCAGAUCAAUAGUAGCUCAUUUAUGGGUGGUGGUACAUCACCAGGAUUUACAAACAAUUUUGUACUGAAUGCUAAUAAUCCAUGGGCGACAGCAAUUGUCCCUCAAUCAUUGCCUCAACAACAUUCUCUAGUAUUCACAAAUCAAAACCAACUAACCAGUACUGCCACUACUCCUCAUAUGCAAUUGAUGAUGAAUGGUGGAGCCAUUCAUAAUGGUCGUUCAACCAAUAAUAAUCCUUUUCUAUGAGAUAGACAGACAGACAGACAAAUAGAUAAAAAUGAAAGAUAAUCAUUUCUAACCUCAUUAACUGAUUCAAAUUUCUUUAUUGUACCUUUUGCAGUGAUAAAAAAAAACAGCAAAACCAAAGCGCACUGUGUCGUGUAUCGAUGUUUCCUUCAGUUCGUUUGUGUUUGUCUGCGUGUGUAUAUGUGUUGGUGAAUGUCUCUAUGUUGACUACUGCUUUUCCCUCUUCACUCUUUUUACACUCGUAUAGGAAUUUAACCACAAAAUGGCAUUCCUGUCUUAUUAUUAUAUUGAUUGAUUGAUCUAUCGAUCGAUUUUGUCUUCUUCUUCUUCUUCAGUUCUUCCUCGUACGAUUUGUGUGUGGGUGGGUGGGUUGGAGGGAGGUUAGUUGUGCAUGUUUGUAUAACUAUCUCUACCCACUCUGGACGUCUGUCUGCCUGCCUUGUAUUAUAUGCUCGAUACUCAUAAUAUGAUACACUUUUUUCCCAAAGAUAACGAACUACUGUAUUUGCGUCGUCAUACUACUGGUAAAAUAUAUCACAAGAGUAGUAUAUACAGAUACAUAUAACUGCCAUUACUAUGGUAAUGAUUAGUCUUAGAUCAAUAAUACUAAUAAUAGUAAUUAUCCAGUGACUAGGAGGAUGAUAAAGUGUUUUUGUCACAUUUCUUGUUUAUUCCUUCCUUAUUCAUUCAUCAUUAAUUGUUAUGACUUUUCAUUGUCACCCGCCCCCCCCCCAUGCUGCCUAUCUCUCUAUGCUGUUCGUCUGUGUUUGUCAAUUAAUUAGACUAGUUGUGCGUAUAACAACAACGGCAAAGUUUGUCAGAACGAGUUUCCUUUUGUUUAGGUGGGUCUCGACAAUCACUUCUGUUACUUUUCCUCUCUCGUAUACGUGUGUGUGUCUGGCCUUCAAUUCGAAUUCCUACUGUCUAAUAUAUUUCCUUUAUGCACCUAAUAAUAAUAUAGAGAUUGUGUGGGCGGCUGUUGUGUGUGUGUGUCUGUAUACAUUGAUCAUUUUGUCUUCCUCCUAGAAGUCUAUUAUUCUUUGAGUGUGUGUGUGUGUGUGUCUAUAUGUAUGCGCGUGAGUGGAUACGUGUGCGCUAGUCCAUUGCCUCUAACUCACUACCUUCUUUUUUUAUUCUAUACUUGUCUAUGUCUGUCUUUCCAUCACAUGUGCGUUUGUCUGUGAGCGUGUUCGUCUAUCUACCUACCUAUCUAUCUAUUAGUCUAUCUAUUGUAUCAUCUAUCAUUCAUUGACAUACAGACACAUGCAUGUAGUACAUAUACACAUAUAAACACACAUACGCAUAUAUACAUCCAUGCCCACAUAUUAUAUCGUAUACUUCUUUUCAUUUUCAGACUAUAUAACACAGAUGUAUACAUAUAUAAAUACCACUACUAUUACUAAUGUUAUUAAAUAAUUUUAUUCGGUUAUUGCGCUCUUUUGUUCUCACUGUACUACUACUACUAUGAAGUGGACGACAUUCCGUCUUACGGGUUGAUCACGGAUUGAUAUCAGUUAGAGAACCAUUGAAAACCAGGGAGUACUGGA